AUGGCGUGGAAAUGUGCACUGUGCUCUUUUACCGCGGUACUUCUUCUUACUCUAAUCGGUCAUUUGAAACAGCGUCAUUCCGAGUUCAAAGGAUCAAUAAGAUGUAGUUUAAAUGGAUGUGAAAAAGACUAUAAAAGGGUCAGUUCUUUUGCUCAACAUGCCCGUGAAAGGCAUGCAGCGUUUCUUCAAUGCUGUGGACCAACUGAGGCAGGUGGCGAACCAGUAUUUUUAAUUCCAGAUGAUGAACCAGGUACACUUAGAUAUUAAUAGAGAUUAAAAGUUUAUCAAUAGAUCAAGCAUCCUUUUUUCACCUAACCAAACGUUUCAUUAAAAAUCAUCAUUACAUGAGAUUACCGCGUGAAUAGAUCAAUUCUGUCGAGUGUGUGCUCGAUAGUCACCCGCGCGCGCGAGAUCAAACGAGAAGACGCGCGAGGACAAAAGAGGAAACCCCGAUCGUUUGUUUCCUCCUCGGUUCAGCUUUCGCGUGGCUCUAUAUCUCUUACUUUACGAAACGAACCGCAAAUUAAAAACAUAAAAAAACAGACUUGCCAUAUUCAGCCAAAUUCAGUCAAUACGAACAAAACGUCACUAAUAGAGAGCAGCUUUAAAAAUUCAAGAGAGGCGUAUACAUAAGUUAAAACUGGUAAUUAUAAAAGAUGAAACGGAUGAACUCCUAAUUCCAAAUAGCAAGAGACGAAAUUCAGAGCAAGUGUGCUUAAAGAAGUAAGCGGACAUUUUGAACACAUUGUUGUUCCUUUCAAUUCUGCACAUUUUUACAAAUCUUGCUUAGAUUUUAUUCGAACAAAAACAUGACUCAAUUGGUUUGGAGUCAUUUUGGGUUGAUGUUUAGAAUGAUUUAAUGCAUAGCAAUUGAGGCGCGAGAUGUUUGAAAUCAGGGAAGACUCAUUCUGAUUCAGGGUUACCAUCGUCUCAAUGUCAAUAUAACAUGUCCCAAAGACCUUGCUUUCAAUUUACUGCACCUUCUCGCCGGGAAUAGUCUAUAUUUUACUUUAGGUCGAGGCUAACCCUAUACAAAGCAGCGGCACAGCGGCCAGGACGAAUUCAAAAUUAGAUUAUUGAGAAAACAUGGAUUUGGAAGUUUUUGAAAUGAAAUCAGUUAUGAAGUGAUUAAUUAGCUCCUACUAAUUCUUAUAUCACACGUAAUCUUGGUCUUCUGUGAGGUCCCAAAUAAAGUGCUUGCUCGCAUGUCAGUUAGGACCGAAAUUUGUUUAAUGGCCUGCGGGACACUCGAGUGGCCUUGAUAAACCUAUUUUCCUGCCAAGGAGUUCGUCCUGGCGAAACUAGUUUACCCUUUCCUUAGUCUUUGCGCGAAGUCAAGAUGGCUAAAUAAACUAAUUACCCUCUUGUAGUGGAGAUUACUUUCCCGUUCAUAGAGGGAAUGGGAAAUUGGCCAAUACCCAGCCACUUUAACUUAAGAAAACAACAGGCUAAGCCCUCUCAAGGGCCUCGGUUUAUUGAAAAAAAUAAUGUUGGAGGGCAUGGCCUCUCUUACUGGUUCCAUGCACCUUCGGCACCGCACUACUAUUGGUCUCCAGUAUUUUAAGCUAUUCAAAUCCUGAUCGCCAGUGUACGUUGGACGAUUCGUUGAAAACAUUUCACUCGGCUCACAUGGAAGCUCCCGUUGUCCAUCGCACACUCAGAAGCAAUUUUUGAAAGGAAAAAAGUUAAUUCUCAUUUUUUUGAGCCUGUAUAUAGCUGAAAUGGUAGAGCUUUGGUAUUUAAAUGAAACCCGUCUUAAGCAUUACUUUGUAGGGUAUUAUUAAUUUUUCUCUACAGAAUCAAAUGUAGUUUUUUCUUUCAAAUGUUCGCGUCAGAAGCGGAAGGGCUAAUUAAGUCUUCCGUCUUGACAUCUGGACUCCAGCUACCAGCACCUCAACUGAGUAAGACUGAUGAUUUCUAUAUAAUUUCAUUGGUAGAUAACGUCAGUAUAGACUCCGAAAGACAGGCAGCAGAGCAACAUAGCUUGACUGAGGAAUCUGUUCUUUCCGAUUUCGAGGACAACGAGGAAACGUGGACGCCCCUUAGCCCUGCAGUUCAAACAUGUAGUGAUGGUCACAACACAGACCAAGUGGCGAAAAAGUACUUGAUAAAAAUCAGAGAAGAGAACAAACUUUCCCAAAGGUGCACGCGACAGAUUGCUCAUGUUACAGAAUUAUAUAUACGCGAGUCGUUACACUCUUUAAAGCGUAAAAUUGAUGAAUGUCUCACUGAAGCAGGCCUCGACGUGAACGGUAUUGAAGGUUACGAAGACUGCUUUGACAAUGCCACACCAACGUUUGACACAAUAUCAUCCGACAUAACAGAGAGCCCAAAGGAAGGAAACAACAAUCUCUCCUACGUGGUAAAUAUGCAGGUUUUCAUUUUCAUAAGCUGUUCAUUACAAUGCACAGCAAGUAAAUAUGCGGACAGUAUUUUAAGAAGGUAGCACCACGAAGCUGACAAUUAAGACUCAGUUAGAUCACAGGUAGCCCAAGCUCGAAAUAUGAGCAUCUGCGAGCAUCGUUAUUGUUGCGUAACAUUCGAAAUAUAAGGAUUUGUAUGGAAAAAACCUAUAUCGUUCCUGUAACCUAUGAAAAUGAAAGAAUGUCAUGUAAACUUAUUUCCCAUGCAAAUCUUUAUAUUUCGAAUGUUACGCAACAAUACCGAUGCUUGCCAAUGCUCAUAUUUCGAGCUUGGGCGACCUGUGGUUAGAUUAGAAGAACGUGUCACGGAAAGGAGUUACAAUAGCGAAACAAGUUAACAAUAUACCAGUAGUCAAAUUGUCCUCUUGACUUCGUGAAUUUUAUCACGUGUAAUUGCCUUAAUACCGUAUAAAACUCAGCGGGUUUGAAUGACUUAUAAAAACAUACAUUGCUGAUAAGGAAGACCUUUUUUAAAUAAAGAAUAGUUCUAAUAAACAAGAAAUUUUAUAUAAUGGUCCUGGUCCUCCUAAUUUGCAAAUAAUUGAAAUGUCGAGUCAAACUCCCAGCCACAUUAACAAAAACGAUUGAAAUUAUAUGCCUACUUGCCGAAAUUGAGACUACAUAUAAUAGUAAAAUGGAGUUAGUACAUUUUUUUUCAUUCUUCUCUCCAAGGAACCGAGGAAGAUAGUUCUUGGACGAAAACGACUUAACAAAAAGGUGGGCAACAAGAGGAGAAUUGUUCUCACGGAAGAGGAGUUCUAUUAUAUUCCCCUCAUCAAAACCUUGCAAGCUCAGCUAUUGUCGAAAAACAUAAUCAAUAUGAUUCUUGAUGGCCCACAGUUGAGCCAAGUUGCUAACACGUUCGAAGAUUUCCCAGACGGCAGUUUUGUUCAAGAACAUGAACUUUUCUCCUGCGAUGACAGCGCUUUGCGGCUGUUGUUCUAUUAUGAUGAUGUAAAUAUUAACAAUCCCUUAACGAACAAAUUACACAAGCUAAGCUUUUUUUAUUACCAACUGGCUAAUAUAAAGCCCAUCUACCGGUCCAAACUUAAAUCAGUUCAUUUGCUGGCAAUCUGCAAAACUAGCUACAUGAAGAAAUAUGGAAUAAACGCCAUCUUUUCACCAAUCGUGGAAGAUCUCAAAAUACUUGCAAAUGGACACCCAUUCCAAAUAUACGGUGGGGUUCUUCGACUCAGAGGAAGUCUAUUAGCCCUGCUGGCCGACAUCCCAGCUUGUCAGUUGUGCGGUGGAUUUAAAGAAGGCGUUGGUGGGGCUUUCCGAAAAUGCCGCGUUUGUCAUGCUACUUUUGAAAGGAUACAAGAAUUGUUUAUAGAAGAGGAUUUUAAUUUGAGAACAAAAGAGGACCACGCGCUUCAUGUUGAACUCGUUGAGAACGCUCCAACAAACUUUUUAAAGGAAUUUUAUUCCAAAAAAUGUGGUGUAACCUUUCGAAGUAAACUCAUGGAGGCACCGUUCUUUGACGUUACCCAGCAGCUCCCCAUGGACAUUAUGCAUGUUUUUUUAGAAGGUGUACUGGCGUACGAGAUAAAGUAUUUGUUGAGACAUUGCAUAGAUGAGAGAUAUUUUUCCCUUGCGACGCUCAACAAAGACAUUGAAAAAUUCCCUCUAGGCUACGCCCAUAAGAAAGACCGACCGAUUGUUAUUAAAGACACCGACCUACAGAGAGAAAGUGCUACCAACUUGGGACAAACGGCAUCGAAAAUGUGGCUACUCGCCUCUAUUCUCCCGAUGAUCCUCGCGAAGUACGUGGACAAAAACAGCACCCCUUGGCAAUGUUUAUCAUCCCUGCUUGAAAUCAUGGGAAUGGCUUUUUCUGAAAAAAUAUCCACUGAAAGUGUUAUGUACCUAAAGACGGCUAUAAAGGAACAUUUAUCUUUGUUUAAGAAUGAAUACGGUGCAAGAUUGAUCCCAAAGCAGCACUACCUGGUCCACCUGCCCAGCCAGGUGCUCAAAUUUGGCCCCCUGAUCAGGACCUGGUGUAUGCGCCACGAGGGAAACAUUCUUUUUUUAAAGACCUCGCAAGCAACAUUAAGAACUUUAAAAAUCUUCCCUACUCCCUAGCCAUGAAACAUCAAAAGGUUGAGUGUGCCAAUUCAAUUGUGUUUGACGAAUACACCGAUACCAGUUUACUAUUUGGCCGCGAGGAACACAAUGGAAAGGUCAAGGUCCUUGUUGGCGCAGAGGCGACAUCAGUUAAAGAUUCUAUCGAGCGAUUUUAUAACGUAGAAUGGUCAGACGAAAACCACCUGUUCCAGACCAACGCUGUCACAAUCACCGGGACACUCUACAAGCCUGGAAAAAACACUUUAUUGCAUAUUUCUAACAAUGAGGAGGGCCUGCCAGAAUUCGGUCGCCUUAUCAAAAUUUGGCAAGUUUUAGACCUUGGCACAUUUUUUGUUAUGCAGCCGAUGGAAACCGUGGCCUUU